AUGCACCGGCAUCCCAACACCUCGCUGCUCUCUCCGCUGCUGUUGGUGGUGGUAGUGGUGGUGUGCUGCGCCAACGGGUGCCUCGCCUCUGAUUUGCGCCGCUGCUUGUUCGACGAGUUACGGAGGAAGAGCGGCGCACAGCCGCUUGCAGUUGUGCGUGAGGUGCCUCGCAAGGGCCAGAGCGGAUGGCAGGCGUACACCCUUUCCGGUGGGGAGAAGACUUGGGCGCCGAUCCGCAUCAAGGCAUUCACGGAGGACAUGAACAACCAGUCGCAAUACUGCAACCAAUCGGGAGUUUGGCGUCCCAACUUUCGUGGUGACACGGCUCCCUGUACCAGAGACGAUGUUCUGACUGCUGAGAAGAGGGCAGUCAUCGUCAAGCACACUAUUCCUCUCGCUGUUGAACUACACUCAUCACGUCUUCUUGUUCAACGAGAGGACAACAAUAUUGUGGUGCCUAAGUUUAAUUCGGUGGUUUGUGCUAGUUUUACUGUUCCUGAGGCACACUAUACAACGGGUGUGUCUGGUGCUGACAUGAUUAUGUACGUUGCUGCUGGUCCUGCAGCCGGCACCAACGUUGCGUGGGCGGAGAGCUGCGCCUCACUAAAAGAUGGGCGUCCUGUUGUUGGUGUCAUCAACUUUGCGUCUCAGUCAAUCGCCGUUACGCGAUUCACAAUUCGCAUAACCGCGCAUGAGCUUGCGCAUGCACUUGGCUUCAAUUAUGAGCAGAUGAAGGCCCACAAAAUGCUUUCCAGCGUCACUGGUGUGCGUGGCAAGCCACUUGUCACGGUAGUGAGCUCCAGGAAAACUAAACAAAUGACUCAGCUGCACUAUAACUGCAGCACUACCCCCGGAAUGGAGUUGGAGGAUGAGGAUAGUGAUGAGACAUCGGGUUCUCAUUGGGAGCGGCGCAACGCAAAGGACGAACUGAUGACUGGCAUGAGUGGUGCAGGAUAUUACACUGCACUGACAAUGGCGGCGUUUGAAGAUAUGCAAUUUUUCAAAGCUAAUUGGGGAAUGGAAGAACAUAUGGGAUGGGGCCACAAUACUGGUUGCAAGUUCCUGAAUGAGAAGUGUUUGAAGAACAACAUCACGGAUUACCCCAACAUGUUCUGUAACGAAAGUACGGGUGCUGUCCUUUACUGUACCUUUGAUCAGCGUGCUCUUGGACGCUGCACUCUGACGUCACACAAGAUGAAUGUUCCACAAUCGUAUCGAUACUUCGCCGAGAGUAACCUUGGGGGAAAUGGAAUUGAUCUGAUGGAUUACUGCCCUAUUAUUGCGGCGUAUGAAAACAGUCGUUGCAGCGACGGGGAGCAAGAGCUAUUGCCUGGGAGCCGUGUUAGCCCGAAUUCGCGUUGUGUAAAAGGUGAUUCGCUGCGAGUUUUUGCAACGGACAUUGGUGACGUGUGCGUAGAUGUUCGAUGUGACAAUGACGUAGUAAGCGUGCGGUACCUCGGCGACGAUGCAUGGUACGCGUGCCCCGAGGGAAGCUACAUCACACCCAGGAGAACAUUCUCAAGUGGUCGUAUUGUGUGCCCAAAGUACAUCCAAAUGUGUAGAUCAGAUAGUAGUGCAUCCACCGCGUUCGUCAUGCCUUUUCUUUCCCUCAUCAUUACCACAUUUUUACUGUCAAUCACAUGA